AAUGCCACGCAGGGGGAGGGGCCUUUUGUCUCCUGCAACUGCACACAAACACGCGUACCGUGGUUUGUAGCUAGCUGGUUAGCACAUCAGCAUAAACAUCUGUCAUAUUGUGGCACUAAAAUGAGCGAUUGUGGCAAAGGUUACAGCCAUCGGGAUUCUCGCUCUGCAUCUCGGAGUGUGAGUCCAGGGGGCUCUAGGAAAUCAGCAAGCCGUUCCCCAGCUCAGUCGCCUGCCAACUCAAAAGAUGGUUCACGCCACUUCCGCUCUAAAUCUCUCUCUCGGUCCAGGUCGAAAUCUGGGUCCCACUCCCAAAGCGGCUCACAGAGACACUAUAGCCGCUCUCGCUCCCGCUCAAGGUCCUACCGUCGCCGGUCUCACAGCCGGUCAUACAGCGGAGAGCGCCGACGCAGGAGCCACAGCCGCUCCCCAAUGUCGAACCGACGUCGGCACAUCGGCAACCGCGCUAAUCCAGAUCCAAACGGUUGUGUGGGAGUGUUUGGCCUGAGUUUGUACACCUCAGAGAGGGAUCUGAGGGAAGUCUUCUCUAAAUACGGCCCCCUGGCGGAUGUCUCUAUUGUGUAUGACCAGCAGUCGAGGCGCUCCAGGGGCUUUGCUUUCGUCUACUUUGAGAACGCUGGUGACGCGAAAGAGGCAAAGGAACGAGCCAAUGGCAUGGAGCUGGAUGGUCGUAGGAUCAGGGUGGACUUCUCCAUCACAAAGAGACCGCACACCCCCACCCCUGGAAUCUACAUGGGCCGGCCCACAUACGGAGGAGGUGGAAGUAGCAGCAGUGGGAGUGGUCAAAGUGGUCCUCGACGCAACUCACGUGACUAUGAUCGUGGACAUGACCGCGGACACGACCGCGGACACGACCGCGGACACGACCGCGGAUACGACCGCGGAUGCGACCGAGGCGGCUAUGAUCGCUAUGACGACAGGGACCACUACCGCUCAUACAGAAGGCGAUCUCCAUCCCCGUACUACAGAGGGGCUUACAGGUCUCGGUCCAGAUCGCGCUCUUAUUCUCCCCGACGCUACUAAAUGUUGCUGUCAAGCCCUUGCCCCUCCCACACACAGACAUGAAAUAUUGGAUGAUUGAUUUCAGAAUAGAUGUUCUUUCUUAAGGUGAUAAUCACACUUCUGUUUCUCAUACACGACCAGUAAAUGUAUUUUAGUUGUCAUCUGAUGACAUGAAUCGAGCUGUACCAUCGUGUUCUUUAUUUUAUUGAAAUGUAUAGCCAACUUCUGCCAUGAAAAAUAUACAAAUACUGCGUUUUCAUUAAUGUAUUUUUUUUGUACAACAAUUGAGUGAACGCUCAUCUCUAAACAGAUUAAAAGUAGGAGGCUUUCUUUUCCAA